GUAAUGUUAGAAGACGACUGUCGGUAUCUGAUGGUCGGAUGCCCACGGUCGGUAUCUCUUUGAUAGCUCAGACGGAGAGAAUAAACGGACUCCUCGAGGGCUACUUAAGGCACUUUAUUUAGUGCAAACCAGAAGGACUGGAGCUGUUGGAUGUUGCUCAAUACUGCUAUAACUUAACAACGAAAAAGCCCUGCGUCGAACUUAAGCCCCUUCGACUUGGCCACGGGGCAACAGCCUCUGACGCCCCACACCAUUGCGACAGGAGGGGGCUAGCCCAUACACCCACUGCACGAGUGGAAUACUACUUAGUCAAGUAGAAGGGCCAAGCUGAGAGCGAGGCAAGCUGGGAACGGGCUGAAACGUGCGAUUCGAAGACCAAGUCAGAGACUACUGGACGUCUCGCAGAGCGACUCUCAACGAGGACGUUGAGACUUUUCGAAAAAAAAAAGUUUGACUCUGAUUAGAUCCUUAGCGCAAGCGCUAAGUAAGCAAGCUAUCUUAUGGUUAAAAAAAACCGAGGAAAUAAUAACGUCAAGUAGAAACGAACAAGGUCUUACGGCACGAUCACUAUCUCUUUUCUUUUUCUUUAGCUCUCCUCUAUGGAAAGAGGGGAUGAUACGUGACCUGGUAUACCUGAUCGUUUGGUCAACGAGACGUACGUAAGUCGACGUAGCUCCAUGUAAAAAAAAAUGAAAUAAUGGGUGAGCCUAGGGUGACGAACAUGGCUCAAGACUUUUUAUACAAAGCCCUUCUCUUCUUCACUUAAAGAGGCAAUGUACCUGGUACUUGAUUCAUAAAGAAUGAAUCUUUUGGUUAGAAGUUAUACGGACUUUAUAAAAAAGGAAAUGCCACGCUCCGCGUGGCACGAAAUAUGGGGCGUUCGAAUCGAAGGGUCAUACCUCUCGCCUCUAUUACGGUAAAGCCAAUGCACCAGCCAGCCGGUGUGGUGGCGAACACGCUGUGCUGUAAGCUAAGUUGUUCACCUUGUAGACGGAGGAGAUAUAGAAAGUGUGCCGUGCGUGAUUCAUAAGAUUCUAUAGUAGCACCAGUAUCUUAUUUUAUUUCACUUAGCCUGCCUCUCCCAUGACUUUCCGGACCAACCAACUCGGAUCUGCCCUCGAAAUUCUCUCUGCAUUUUGGGAGCAGAGCAUGCAAAAUCGAGCAAUGGAUCUUAGAAGAAUUCCACUUUGAAGGGCACGACUCUUUCUAUUUUUGCGCUGGCAUUUGAGUUGUCUCCCCUCCUCUUUCAAUCGACACACUUGACGCAGAUAGCUCCGGUGGCCCCGGCUUCUGCCUCUAUCAGGCGGCGACCGCCCCUACUCUCACCUACUACGCUUACUUAAGAACCUUUUUUUCAGGAUUCGGCGGGCCCGUAAAAAAAAUGAGGAUCCUUCACCAAAAAACCCAAGGGGGGCGGCUGCCCCCACCUCCACAGCCACAGCAUGGAGGAGCAGCUCCUUAAUCCGCACUACAGCCAAUCAAAAUAUUCUCCAGAUCGAUAUAUGAUGCUAAACCGAGACCGAGAUAGAGAGAGAGGUAUGACCCUUUGUUGGCUCUUCGAGACAAAAGCACUCGUAGGAAUGGUGCGAAUUCCCAUGUUAUUUCUAGUCUCGUUUGCUUUCGAGAGCCUCCCCCUCCCCGUCCCUUACUCGUCCUUUGAAAGCCGUCAUCCUGGAUUUUUUUUCCGUAUGCCGGGGAAAGUGCCUCACCUUUAUACAUUAAUUCUAAAAUUUCCUCGGGUCUCUAUAAAACAGAAUGAAAAGCCCGGGGGGAAGAAAAAAAAAAAAGGAGAGAGGAAAAGUCGAAAGUGGGGAAGAAGUCUAGUGCUAGUUCUUACUAAAACUUCUUUAUCUAACUUUCAUUUUUGAGUGGUUUCUUUGUUGGAUUGAAAGAAAGACAAAACUUCCCUUUCUUUCAAUUCUUUCUUUUUUUUAUCCCUUCGACGAAUUUCGGCUAUGACCAAUGCCCCACUAGCUGAAUAGGCGUAACAAAGCUACCUGAAAAAAGGCAAGGUGCACCUUGGAUUGAAAUCGACGAAUUUCGUUUUGCCAGAGAUAUCUUUUUUUUUUUAAAGAUUCUCCAUUGGAUGAAGAAUGGAAAAAUAGAAAAAAUCUAAAUAAAGACGCAUACGCGGGAAGGGGGCCCCACAACUUCUUCAUUCAGGAGGGGGGGGGAGAGGAGACUAGCCUCAUUACUUCCCACAGGGCGAGAGGUGCACCUAACCCACCUACCCACUCAUCAAUCACGGUGUUCCGCUGACUUGCACUGAUAGAGCCCUAUCGUAUUGGAAUUAGGCGCCUAUCUUUUGACUGUUGUCAACUAAUCUCUAACAUGUUCGAUUCGACUCUAUGUUAGAACAUUUCUUUGAAUGCUAUUCUGAUCUAAGUGGUCCUAUUCUUUGUCCCGUGCUAGGAAGUAUUACUCUUCUUUUCAUUCCAAAUUCAAGAAUACGACCGAUACGAUUGAUUGGUCUUUGCGCCUCUCUUAUUACUUUUUUGUA